AUGGAAUCCCAAAUGGAACCCCAACCAAUGGAAAUGGAUCUUCCAUAUCAGGGAGCUCCAGUCGAUGGCCCUUCAGUCGAGGCCUCUUCAGUCGAGGCCCUUUCAGUCGAGACCCUUUCAGUCAAGGACCCUUCGGUCGAGGACCUUCUAAAAGAUGUAUCCUCCGCAAUCAGGAAAAAGGGUGUUUUUGCCAUAGGGGGCCAUGUUCAAGACAUUGGCAAGCUUGCUAUUCAAUGGGCCGACAAAACGAAUGGACAAUGUCAUACUUUGAGAUUUCCAUUGACCGACGGUGCCUCCCAGGACUCGUUCAAUGCAUUGCUGAAUGGCCCUGCCACGAUGGAUGCUGACGACUUUUUUACUAACUUCAGCCCUUAUGUGCAUGGCAUCCUCGCAGCGAUCAAUCAGACUUUGCCUUGGAGCACACAUUGGGCCAGACAUCAGGAAGAAGAUGAGAUCGCAGUCAAGGCUGAGCUGUGCAAGCUGGACGUAUACUCUGCUUCCUCUGGCAGGUCUGAGACUUAUGUCGACAAUCCACUAUUAGAUCGCCAGAUGGGUACACUGGUGAUUUGUCUCCCUGUCCCACACAAAGGAGGACAGCUUGCGGUUCGGCAUAGAGAUCGACAAGUCAAAUUCGACUGGGCAUCUCAACAUCCAAACACUGUCCAGUGGGCUGCUUUCAUCUCUGAUCGCGAGCACGAAGUUCUCCCGAUUACUGAGGGUCACAGGUUGACGUUGACGUACAGGCUUCUGGGGACAGACUACACCCCAUGUCUCAUGGCAAAUGAACUGAAGGUUAUUGAUCAGGAAUCACUUGACUUCUAUACAGGUCUUGUGAAGCUUAUUGAGAAAAUGAAAUCCACUGGAGAACAAUACAUCCUCGGUUUCUCAUGCACUAAUCAAUACCCUCACACAUCCAGGUCAUCCUACGAGUACAUCCAUCAUAUGCUUAAAGGCAUGGACUUGUUAGUUUACCAAGCCCUCAAACGAAACCUCCGCGGAGUCCGUGUUGGCACGGUACUCGACGAUUCACAAUAUGUCGAAAGCCAACGCGAAUUGAAAGAGAUGGAGCUUGAACGCCUAGAGGAAAUUGCCAACAAUACCCAAGGGCGCUGGGGGCGUAAGUGGCCCUAUGACUACGACGAGGAAGCCCUGGACGAGGACACAGUUUGUAUGACUAAAUCACUGAGCCCUGCAUGGGUCGAAGAUUGGUAUCGUGACGACGAGGAUGGCUAUUGCCCGGACCCAGUCAAUAAUAUUGACGGUGGGUUUAGCCGUGCGAAAGUCAAGUGGCUCAACUGCGCUCCCGAGAAGCGUAUGUGCAGAGAAUUUUCUGUUGCUGUUGCCUCGGUAGCCGAGAGACACCCUAGUGUAACAUGGUUUGACUCUGCUGCAGUCAUUUUUGCAUGGGUAGGCUUCGAAUACGAUGAUUAA